GUGAAAACAAGUCUCUCACAACAAUUAUUUUUGAGAUUGAAUUAAAAAAAGAACUAAAAAAAAAGAUAAUAUUUGUUUAUGUUAAAAAAGAAAAAAAUAUAGAAAAAACUAAGAAACUGUGAACUAUAAAAUUUGAACGAAAAAAACAAAAGUGAUUGUGAUAAGUGUUCAAAGUGAGAAAAUAUACAAAACAAAAUGCCUAGACCACUUAAAGAAACAUAUGGCGACCAAAAGCCACCAUUCUCCUAUAUAUCCCUCACGGCCAUGGCCAUCUGGAGUUCCCCACAAAAGAUGUUGCCUUUAAGCGACAUCUACAAAUUCAUAAUGGAUAAAUUCCCAUAUUACCGUAAAAACACACAAAAAUGGCAAAACUCCCUCCGCCAUAAUUUGAGCUUCAACGAUUGUUUCAUCAAAAUUCCCAGGAAUACCAACAAAGCCGGCAAAGGCUCCUACUGGACUCUGCACCCAAAAGCAUUCGAUAUGUUCGAGAACGGAAGUCUACUCCGUCGCAGGAAACGCUUCCGUGUGCAAAAACUUGAAAAGGACAUGCUUAAUGGAGAAUUAGCCGCUUUAGCAAGUUUCAACCGCUUCUUCAUUGCCCAGCAACAACAACAAAGACAACAAGCACAAAACUGGGAAUACUCACACUUGGCAGCGGCGGGACAUCCACAUCCAUCGAUGUACCAUCAAAUGCAUAGUCCACCAUUGUGUCACAUGCCACCUCAAUCCCCAUCACCGGAACUGGAUUUAGUGACGCCAUCACCGGAACCUCAACCAAUGAUGGGAUCCACCUUAUCAUCGCCACCAAUUACCCGACCAAAGCGAUCCUUCGACAUUGAAAGCCUCAUUGCGCCCGAUGCAGAACCAUCAUCGAGUAGCGAAAGCAGACUUUUCAAUUCUGAACCGACGGAUUUGAGAAUAUCACCUGCAUUGCCGACGGCUCCAACUCCACCAAUGAUGGAGACAGCUCAUCAUCAGCAAUCAUUUCCCAUCUAUUCGGCGAACUUUGUGAUGCAUCCCAGCCAACAACACCCAAUGUUGGGAUCCAGUUCAAUGUUUGGUCCAGCGCAACAUCAAAUGCAUCCGUUCAUGAACCCGCACCAUCAAUACCAAAUUCAGCAGCAGCAACAACAUCAUCACCAUCACCAGCAACAACAACAACAGCAAGCAGCGGCUGCAGCAGCAGCAGCGGCGGCGGCACUCUUUACUGCCGAUCCACAAGCUGUGUAUCGAGGAUACUUACCACCACUUCCGGUAUUCUAAGAGGACUCUCCUGGAAAAUCCCCUAAAAAGGAUUAUAUUUUUUGUGAUAUGUUACAUAACUUCAACCGAACCCAUCUAUAAUUAUUGUCAUUCCAUUUAUCUAAUACCAGUUCUCUUUAUUUUUUUGUUGUUUCUCUGA